CAUGAGGGCGAGCGGCCGAGCGGGCAGUGCCUGAGCCGGUCCUGUCCACAGGGAGCUCCUGCCCGUUUCUCCAGAACCAGCCCCAGAGACCACCCACCCACCAUGUCGGACGAGGAAGUAGAACACGUCGAGGAAGAGUACGAGGAGGAAGCUCCCUUGGCUCCCACCUCAGAAGAGGCCCAGGAGGAAGCGCCCCCCCCGCCUGCAGAAGUCCAUGAGGUCCAUGAAGAAGUCCAUGAAGUUCAUGAACCAGAGGAAGUUCCAGAAGAGGAGAAGCCGAGACCCAAACUCACUGCUCCUAAGAUCCCGGAAGGGGAGAAAGUCGACUUUGAUGACAUCCAGAAGAAGCGCCAGAAUAAGGACCUUAUGGAGCUGCAGGCCCUCAUCGACAGCCACUUCGAGGCUCGGAAGAAGGAGGAAGAGGAGCUUGUCGCCCUCAAGGAGAGAAUCGAGAAGCGCCGUGCCGAGAGAGCCGAGCAGCAGAGGGUCCGGGCUGAGAAGGAGCGGGAGCGCCAGAACAGGCUGGCGGAGGAGAAGGCCCGGCGGGAGGAGGAGGAAGCCAAGAGAAGGGCGGAGGACGACCUGAAGAAAAAGAAGGCGCUGUCCUCCAUGGGCGCCAACUACAGCAGCUACCUGGCCAAGGCUGACCAGAAGCGAGGCAAGAAGCAGACGGCCCGGGAGAUGAAGAAGAAGGUGCUGGCCGAGCGGAGGAAGCCCCUCAACAUCGACCACCUGAGUGAAGACAAGCUGAGGGACAAGGCCAAGGAGCUCUGGGAUGCCCUGUACCAGCUGGAGAUUGACAAGUUCGAGUACGGGGAGAAGCUGAAGCGCCAGAAAUACGACAUCAUGAACGUCCGGGCCAGAGUGGAGAUGCUGGCCAAGUUCAGCAAGAAGGCCGGGACGACGCCCAAGGGCAAGGUUGGCGGAAGGUGGAAGUAACGUGGCUGAAGAGAUUCCCAGAGGCAGAGACCCACACGGUGGCAUCUGGCCCCGGCAGCCCUGCGUCUCUAUCCUCGCUCCCCACCUUCUGGGGUCUGUGAAUAAAGCUACCAGACUCCCCUCUA